AGUUCCAGUAUUGUUAGGUAGUUCAUGUUCAUCUUUACUUAAUAAUGAUUGCUUCCGGUUGUAGAAGAAAGGUUGAGCGGUCAUGUUUUUGGUUUCUUGGAGCUUUGUGUUGAUCAUCGCUCACUCGUAGGGGGUCACGGUCUUCUCUUUACUAACUCUGGCGAGAUAUUACACGGCGGAAGAUGCACAAGGAUGUGAGUAGCAGCUGAUACCAGCUUUAGCAAGCAACGCCAGGCGGCAACCGCGCUUGGCGACCUCAGCCAGCUUCUGCGGACGAAAAGAUUCCGGCUCCGCACGACGUUGCUGUGGCGGCAUACUGCAAGCAAUAGGAAGGCAUUGCCGCGAGGCACCAGAAGUAGUACAUUAUUUUCGACGAGGCGGGGUUUACGUUUAUUUUAUCCUCUCCGCGUAAACAUAAACAAGAAGAUGCAGAUCACUUUUUUCCGGUAUCUCGCCCAGGGGAAGCGGCCGGCGUUGCUGGUCGGCGGCGGGGAGAAAACGAAGCAAAUGGGCUUGGGUGAUGUGUCAGUCGACGUUGCCGAGGACAUGCUGAAGAAUUUCUUGACCGACCAAAAGGUCCAACUCUCGUCAAAUUACCACACCGAUGACUUGCACAUCAGGCCACUGGCACCCGCUGUCGACAACAAGAACGACUUCUUGCAGGAAUUUAACGAAUGGCUCAGGGUACUUGAUAGAGUGUUUUCAAUUCACUACUAUUGAAAGGACCUACUUUUUCGUUUUGAUAGUGGCGAGCCGUUAGCGGCGCUUCACAAAACAAGAAGAUCCAGAAUUUUAUAAACGGGUUUUGUGUUGCUGUUGCUUGUCGUGUGAGAGCAAAAUAGUGAAGUAAAAAUAUUUGCCCUUCAAAUUCUCGUCCACAGUGCAAGGGCUCGUCGUCCAACACGCCUGCGUGGGAGAAGAUAUACCCCGAUCUCUACGUGUUUUUCUUCACGGGCUGCGCCACCGACAAGGGCGACCUGUUGCUCACCCCGGCGGCCUCCACAACCACCGGCGGGUCCGCGUCUUCUUCCUCGGCGCAGUAUCAAAUGCAAAAGUGUCUGGGUCUGGAAGAAUGCAGAUUUUUGCCAUGCUGUUUUUGCAUGACACAGAAGGUCUGUUAUGGAAGCCCUAGCGUCACAGAUUUCGAGAACGUUCCGCAAUGCUUAAUCCGCAUGAAAAAUCCCCCUUUUUGGUGACAGGAAAUAGGCACCUUUUGCUGCCUAUGCAUGAGAGAUUUGCGCGGGUAGUGGAAUUCGCAUCACAAGUUCGGAUCCUUCCAGGCCCAGACAUUUUUGCAUUUGAUACGCAGAAGGAGGCGAUUAUUUCCCUGUUGGACAUCGAGAAGGCGUGGGACCUAUCCUGUGCAAAAGUAUCGUACUCGUACUAAUCGCAGUCAUGCAUUACAAAUUAUGUUCUCAAUGUAAAUCCGCAUUACAAAUUUUAUUUCUCAUGCUGAGGGAAUUUGUCAUGCAUUUAUAGUUAUACGAGUACGAUGCUUUUGCAUUCCAUAGGACCAGUUUAAGGAUGAGCAUUUGCCGCGAGUGAUGAGCUACGAGGAGUACCGGGACAACUACUACACGUCGAGCGGCAAGCGCGGCAGCGCGCAGGAACGCUCUAGUUCGUCCACGAGAAAACAGCAAAUCGCGAAGGAGUUGUCCGCGCCCGCGACGGCGCAGGUGUCGCCCCUGUUGUGGCUAAUACUGGACAGCGACUUUAGCAACCACUGGGUCGACUACGCCUACAGCAGAAACUACCGGGACAUCGUUAUUCAAGGUACAGCUCCUACUUUUGAAGUACUAGAGCCAACACAAAUGCGAACGCUUCCCGUCUCUUUCAGGACAACAGACACCUUCACUGGGACACUACAUAAUGUGGUCCCAGCGAUGUUGAUGCUGUAGCUGUUCAUUUGACUCUGUGAAGGCUUACUCUUUGUCAGUCUAAUUCUGGUCAAUAUAGACAGAGGUCAGAAAGAUUGAAAUAAGGACAAACUGUCAGCGUGCAUGACUUUGUUAUUUUUCACUCGGCAACCGCGAUGCAAGCGUUGACCUUAACCGCGCGAUCAUAAGUUCCACAAUCUAAUACGUACAUCAUGAUAGGCUUCACUGACGGGGGCACGGCCCCACUCCACGUCGUUGCAAAAGCUUGGAUGCAACUCCAGUCCGAGCACAUCGACAAUCGGAUGCAAUGCAAAAGCAUCGUACUAGUAUAGAUUGCAUUACAAGUUUGCUCAGCAUGACAAAUGCAAUUUGUAAUGCUGUUUUACCUUAGGAGGAAAAUUUGUCAUGCAUAUUUGCAAUUAGUACGAGUGCGAUGCUUUUGCACAGGAUAAAUCGGCAGUUUGGACAGUUUCUGAAGGCCAUGGGCGGGUCCUGGGCCACGCCGAAGGUCUACGCAAUGCCGGGAUUCCGGUUUCCGCCAUGGUACGUGCCCAACUUCCAGGAGCUUUAUCAAAUGUAAAAGUGUCUGGGUCUGGAAGGAUGCAAGGUCUGCCAUGCACAUUUUGCAUGACUCCUGAUGUCUGCGAUGCAUGCCCUAGCAUCACAGAUCUUGCGAGGGCUUUCUGAUGCCUAUACUGCAGGAGAAAUGCCCUCUCGCCGGGGCCAAAACCAGACCUCUUUUGCUGUUCAUGGAAUACAGAUUUUUGGAUAAUGCAGACGCAGCAUCACAAGUUGCAUUCUUCCAGACCCAGACACUUUUCCAUUUGAUAAGCUUUAUCACAUGUUGAUCACUAGCAACAAGAAAAUACAGGACGCCGAGGGCCCCGGAGCCAAAAAAGUGCAGUGGAUAUUCGAAAGACGCGAAGAUCCGGAGAAAGACUCGGGAUUCAGCUUCAUCUGCUCAAAGUAAGUACUUGAUUGAUCAAAGUCAAACAUAAAAAGUUUUCAUCUAGCAGCAUGUUUGUUUUUGCUCAUUCUGGAGACUCGUCGUGCAGCCAGCGCCAGCCUGCAGCGAGAUGAAAUAACGACAACUCUCAUGAGCCAACGACAAGACCACAAUCAAUAGCCUAAAAAGCUAAAACCACUACAGAGACAAACCGAUUCACGUGUACCAAAUCCAGCUGGCGCAGGGACGCAGACAGGUCUUGGCGCAGUCUUUUAGUGUUUUGCAAGCUGAAGUGGAGGAGGCGAUACACGAAGUGGAGGCCUUGCGGCUACUGUACGCCGAUGGAGACAUACGACCAAGUAUAAAAUGUGUGUGGAUUUCUUCCACGGCGCGGAGAAAAUCGCUGUGGCCUCUAAAUCUAGCGCAUGUUCAUGCACCAGAGGCAUAGAUUUUGGCUGCUUCUUCUUUUCUUUGUAUGUCGCAUUGCUACAACGAAGGCCACGACCAUCAUCAUCAAACUGAAAGGCUAUAAAUAGAAAAUCUACCACAGACAAGGACAACCGAAACAACCUCCGCGCCUCGGGUCUCGAGCAGGAGGACAGUUUAUUCUCGGGCGAGAAGCUUUUGUUUGUCCUGCACACGUUGAAGAUAUAUCUCUACACGCCAAGGGUUUGUUCCGCGGCAGUCCGCGCUCUCUGGGCGUUAACCUACAACGAGGAGGUCCGGUCCGACCUGAUCACUCCCGUGGUCAUUGAGCUCUUAUCCACAGAAAAAAACCCAUCCACAUCCAUUUUUUGCAUGACAAACACAGAAUUUUAUGUAUGUUUUGCAUGACAAAUUGGAUGUGGAUGGGUGUUUUUUCCUGGAUAGCUCUUGCUGAAAGUCACCAAGCUGCACUAUCCUGUGCAAAAGUCUCGUACUCGUAUUGCAGUCGUGCAUUACAAAUCUUUUUCUUAAGGCAAAUCAGCAUUACAAAUUUUAUUUCUCAUGCUGAGGAAAUUUGUAAUGCAUUUAUACGAGUACGAUACUUUUGCAAUGCAUAUGCACAUACACGACCCCAAAGUCUGCCUCUACGCCACCGGAGUACUAUGAUUUACUAUCUCGAUGUUCAUAUGAUAUCGCUCAUAUGAUAUCGCCCGAUCCUCGGUGUGGUGCAAAAAUGACUAUGUAUAACGGUACGCAAAUAACGCCCAGAGAACCUGACUGAAGAUGUCCGUUGUAGUUGCGGUAUCGCAUGAUGUAGUUCAAUCGAUCGUGACGCCAGGAGCACUGACGAGACCGAGAGUCAUUUCCUUGUCGUCAAGAAUAUCAUUUCCGCGUCUCAUUGUCAUUGUUCAGGUGAUAUCGCGGUGCGCCUGGAAUUUGAAGAUAUGGCGGAAUGGUGGCAGUUCCAGUGGGGACAGCAACCACGGUAGCUCGCAGUCGACGCUUUCUAGCACGUGGAACCGACUGUGCGAAUUCAUCUUGCUCCACCCAGCAGAGGAGGAACUGGUGCGGCUGGUAUCCGUGUCGCUCGCGGCGCUGUCCGCGGAGAUGCCGAUGUCGGUGUUCCCGACGAUCUUCCCCAUCACCUGCGACGUGAUUGAAUUCUACCUCGGCAACGCGGACACCCUGUACGCACUGCUCGGGCUGAUACUGCAGCUGAUUGCGCAGCACGUGCCGGAAUCCUCCGAGGACUGCCUCCGGGUGUUCGCGCUGCUCCUCCAGGUCAUCGAGAAGCACCCCGAGAACGGCCAGAUGACGCGGCAGUGCGCCCUGGGCUUCUUGCUAUGCUGUGCACAAGUCUCGCACUCAUAUAAAUGCAUUUACAAAUUUCCUCAGCAUGAGAAAUAAAAUUCGUAAUGCGGAUUUGCCUUUAAAAAAUAAAAAAGACUUGUAAGCAAUGCAAGACUUGCAAUACGAGUGCGAUACUUUUGCACAGGAUACUUGCGCUUGUCCACCAACAACCGCGCAAAGGAAAUUCUGCUGCAGACGACUCCUUUGUUCAACCUGUUCCUCAACCUGAUCGCGCAGUCCGUCGCGAAUUUCCUGGACCGGGACCCCUACGUGGUCUGGCAGAUGAUUUCCUGCUUGCUCAACUUCCUCAAAAGCCACGCCCCAUACACGAAAAAGCUGCUGUUCGUACACCCCAAGUGCCGCCAGAUACACGACCUCUGCGUCGUCUUCACCGAGCGAAACGAGACAACCGCAAACGAAUACGACGAGGUAUUGAAGCAGCAGGUGCGGGAGUUCUUGCACAUCUUUCAAUCGGAAAAGGGUCUCAUGCGACAAAUGCGCAUCAACGAAAAGAGAAAGGAAAAACUGUAAAAUGAAGUUUCAUCUGUUUCGAUUUUUUUCACACGGUCAAUAUGGCAUCCGUAUCGCCGAUGGAUUCGGAUUUCAUAGCUGUGCAUUUACUAUAUUUUACGAUUUCCCUCGACUGCCAUUCGAUCUUCAAAGAACGUACGCCCGCCACUUCCAUUUUUAGCCCGGUAGUUUCUUGGUCCUUGCGGCCUGCCAAGGGACAAACUCCGAAUUUUGUGAACAGCGUUUUUCUGUUAUUGAUACCUAAACCUAGCAAUAAAAAAGAAAAUCAAGAUGAUCAAUGUCGACAUUAGCAACUGUUUGAAACCGCAAGGCUACGUCGUCGACCAGCGAAGCGAUGCCUGCGCAGGUGCAGUCUUGUUAGUAUGCAAUAUUUGAACAGAAAAGCAACAACGUCAAGCGUUAAGCUUUGGCGAAGAAUGAUCGCAAUCAAAAUGAAAUGUAGAAUAAGAUGAGCACUGUGUAGAAUUUUGAAUGCACUUUUUUUCGCUACAAUGAACACAGCAGGGCCGCUCCGAAACCCGUGCCUGAUGAAACAAUGUAAGCACUCAUUUCGAGGAGUCAGACCUUAGGGCAGCUGCAGGUCGAGCAACUCGUGAACAGAGGACUCACUGUCAAUCUCAC